CGGGGCAUGGGCCUGGAGCGAGUUCUCCUGUCUGUGCUUGCCCUCUACUGCGACCCUCGCCUGCUCGUGCUCGUUAUCAACGUGAAUCAAACAGAGCAGGAGCUGCUGAUGGAGGAUUUGACCGGAAUCAUGCCUCAGCAUCCGCCCAUGAGCAUGACCAAUGAGCAAACCUCCCUUGAGCGAGAGACGCUCUACCUUCGUGGAGGCGUUGUUUUUGUCACGUCUCGCAUUCUUGUUGUCGACAUGCUGACCAAUCGUCUGCCGAUGGACAAGGUGGCGGGUCUUGUCGUCGCCAACGCGCACUUGGUGACUCCGACCACCUCUGAAGCCUUUAUCUUGCGCCUCUAUCGCCAUGCCAACCGCGUUGGCUUCAUCAAGGCCGUCACGGACAACCCAUACGCCUUUGUAUCUGGCUUCAACACUGUCGAACGGGUGCUGCGGUGUCUGUGGGUGACCAAGCUGCACAUCUGGCCUCGCUUCCAGCGAGACGUCAUCAAAGAUCUUCAAGUCCAUGAGAAUCGCCUGGCUGUGUUUGAAGUGCCUUUGACCAAGAACAUGGCCCGCGUGCAGCAAGCUCUCGUUCGCUUGAUGAGCUCGAGUUUGACUCAGCUCAAGAAACUGCGGCCCAGUCUAGAUAUGACUCACUUGACGGCCGAGUCUGGCCUUUUUCAAAACUUUUCCACGAUAUUGCGACGCCAGCUGGAUGGCGUGUGGCACACCAUCGGCAAGCAAACACGCCAACUCAUCAAGGAUCUGAGCACGCUCCGCGACUUGGCCGUUUUUCUCGACCAAUACGACGCCGUGACCUUUUACCAUUACCUGCAGACUUUACGUGCCAGCGAGUAUGCUUUUACGCACACAUCAUACUGGGUUCUUCUGGAUGCCACUGACGAUCUCUUCGAGUUUGCCAAAUGUCGUGUCUUUCCCCGGGAUGCCGAUGCAGCUCCCGGAUCGGAAACGGAAAAGACUGACGCCACGGGUCGGGCACGGCGUGCGGCAAGCGGCAUUGACCCAGCCGUUGAUCGCAUUGAGCGCAACCCCAAGUGGAGUGCCUACCAAGAGCAGAUUGACAUCUGGCAACGUGCCGCAGAGGUUAGCCCACCGUUGUGGCGGCCAAAUCAGCCGUGUUGCCGGACGCUUGUCUUGGUCCGUGAUGAGCGCACGGCAAGGCAAUUGCGUGCAGUCAUGCAUCGAGGUCAGGAGUACGUGUUGAACAUGCAGCUUCGUCGCUAUCGUGCUUGGCGCGUGCGCACUUCGCGUCUGAGACCAAAGGCAAUGUGGGUUCAUCUGCGACAGGCUGAUCUCCUUUACACAUCAUGGUUUGGCUUUCCCUCGCUUCGUGUGAGGGUGUUUAGUGCCAAUGGCGUUCUUAAGCGCAACAGCACUCAAGCCUCAGGUGUGUCGCCGCAGGCUGACGAUGACUCACAAGGCGAAUUGGAGGAUGAAAUCCGGGCAGACUACGCUUUGCCCCCGGACGAAGACCUGGCUGCCAACUUUGGCGAGUUUGGCGAAACCGGGUUCCACGUUAUUAUCCAUGCUUACCACAGAGAAGGAGGCGUGCAGGGAUCACGGUUGGCCCGGCUCUUGUUGGACCUGCAGCCGAACAACGUUCUGAUCUAUGAUCUCAACAUUGUCGUUGUGCGCGAGCUGGAGCUGCACGCGCACGUGGCCUCGCAUCCCAUCGAGGUGGCCCUGCUGACUCUGGACACUUCAUUUCAGGAGCAACAAUACUUGUCUUCGCUGCGACAGGAGAAAGAAGCCUUUACAUAUGUGAUCAGCGCAAAACGGAGCAUGGCUUUUCCUGAUGGUCGGCUUGGCCUGCGCCAAAAGGAUGAACGACAGCUGGCCCUGCGGCCUGAGGAUCAGAAUGUCUCGACGCGGCAAGCGGGUGGCCGUCGUGCGACGGCUGGGACGCGACCCAAGGUGAUUGUGGACAUGCGCGAGUUCCGAUCGUCACUGCCGUCAAUCCUGCACGAGUUUGGAAUUGACGUGGAGCCGGUUACCCUGCUCGUGGGCGAUUACGUGCUGAGUCCCGAGAUUUGUGUCGAGCGCAAGUCACUGCCCGACCUGAUCGGCUCGCUGAAGUCUGGACGUUUGUACAACCAGGCGCUGCAAAUGUCGCAGCACUAUCCCAAACCGAUCUUGCUGGUCGAGAUAGACGAGAGCAAGCCCUAUAGUCUGGUGGCGGCCAAUGAGAGCUUGGGCUCGGACCUGGAGUUUAAAACCACGUUGGCACGGCUAGUUUUGCUGACGCUACAUUUCCCCAAGCUGCGCAUUUUCUGGUGCAACAGCCCCCACAGUACUGCUCAGCUGUUUUACGAGAUGAAGCGGCGCGGAGCAGAGCCGGAUGGAGAGCAGGCAGCGGCCAUUGGCGUGGACAUGGAGGAUGGCCAUCUCAGCGAUAGCCGCUACGCCUCUGAGCCCGAAGCUGUGCUGCGAUCCAUGCCUGGGGUUACCCCAGCUAACGUCUAUCGCAUCAUGUCUGGGAUUGGUAGUCUACGGGAGCUGGCCACGGCAUCGCAGGACCGGAUCCGAGACCUCUGCGGUGGACCGACAUUGGGUGACCAGCUGUAUCGUUUUUUGCAGAAUGAGGCGGUGGAAACCUCGGCCACGAGCUCAGCCAAAGGCGCGAGUCGCAACUGA